AUGCCCAUAGCCAAAAACCUCAACAAGGUCUCCAAGUCCAUAGAGAAGUCCAAGACUGUCUUGCAUCCCAAGGGUCGGAAGUUGAAGCAGCUAAACAGAGCCAAUUUGCGAAAUGGCAAGCUAUUGGCAAAGAAAAGCAGUCGCUUGAACUUGAAACAGAGUUUGAUUCAUCGAUUAGAUUACAUCAAAAACGAGUUGAACAGUAACAAGCUGUAUUCUAAGAAGGACAUAUUGACUCACGAGGAAGCCAAUGCUUUGAUCUUGAACUAUAUAAACAGAAAUCUAACAGAAUUAAAUGAUUUGAAGAAAAACAGAAGACCAGGUAGACCAAUAUCAAACCGUCAAAAUUUAUUGCAAAACUUAUUGGAUUCAGAAUUGACUGAAUUUAACAAAAAUGGGUUUCACUUUCCCGAUUUAUCACUUGCUUCAAAUUUAGUAUAUAUAAGAAACUGGAAUGGCACUUUAGGCGCAACCACCAUUCUAAAUUUU